AUGCUCUUAUCUCGUUCAAGAUCAAAGUUUCAAUCUUUGUUAAAAAUUUCUGGUACCAGAAAUAUUACUUUAACAGCUGAACUCGAGAAAAGUCUGUUUGAUGUACCUGAUAGUGGAGUUGUUGUUAUUGGAGGAGGACAUGCUGGUUGUGAAGCUGCUGCUGGUGCUGCUAGAUCAGGUGCGAAAACCACUUUGGUAACUCCCUUUUUGAAUAAGAUUGGUACUUGUUCAUGUAACCCUUCGAUGGGUGGAGUUGGCAAAGGUAUUUUAUUGAGAGAAGUUGAUGCAUUGGAUGGCGUGGCAGCUAGAAUUACUGAUAAAGCUGGUAUUCAGUUUAAGAUGUUGAAUAGAAGUCGUGGGGCUGCCGUCUGGGGUCCCCGUGCCCAACUAGACAGAUCACUCUACUUGCUAGAGAUGCAAAAAGAGUUAUUCAAUUAUCCUAAUUUGAAUCUAAAAGAAGCAAAAGUCAAAGAUAUAAUAAUUGAUUCUAGACAAAAGGGUGAUGAAAAAUAUGGUUCAAUUAAAGGUUUAAUUUUGGAAGAUGGUUCCUUAUUGAAAACUUCAAAAGUAGUCAUAACAACUGGGACAUUUUUGGGUGGUGAGAUACACAUUGGUUUGAAGAGUUUCCCUGCCGGUAGAAUUGGAGAAGAGCCAACAUUUGGAAUUAGUUCUACUUUAAAUGAUGCAGGAUUUAAACUGGGGAGAUUGAAGACAGGUACUCCAGCAAGACUAGAAAAAUCUAGUAUAGAUUUUACAAAUUUAGAGAAACAAUAUGGGGAUGAGGUACCACAUCCAAUGUCAUUUAUGAACAAUGAAGUUUCUAUUAAAGAUCAAAUUUUAUGUUAUGGUACUCGUACUACUACAGAAUUACAUGAAUAUAUAAGAACAAAUUUGCACCAAGCAUUGCAUAUUAGGGAAACUGUCAAAGGUCCCCGUUAUUGUCCAUCGAUAGAAGCCAAAAUACUUAGGUUCCCUGAUAAAGAAUCUCAUAAGAUUUGGUUAGAACCUGAAGGAAUUGAUUCCAAUAUAGUAUAUCCGAAUGGAAUAUCCAAUUCUAUGCCUGAAGAUGUUCAGGAAACAAUGCUGAGAAUGGUACCUGGACUUGAAAAUGUGAAGAUCUUACAACCAGCAUACGGUGUGGAAUACGAUUAUGUUGAUCCUCGUCAAUUAAAAAGCUCUUUGGAGACAAAACUAAUAGAUGGGUUGUUUUUGGCAGGUCAAAUAAAUGGUACAACAGGAUAUGAAGAAGCUUGUGCCCAAGGUACUGUUGCUGGUAUUAAUGCAGGGUUGUCGAGCUUAGGGAAACCACCAUUGAAGUUAUUAAGAUCGAAUUCAUAUAUAGGAGUUCUCAUUGACGACUUGAUUACCAAAGGUAUUGAUGAGCCUUAUAGAAUGUUUACAUCCAGGUCCGAAUUCAGAAUCACAGUAAGGGCAGAUAAUGCCGAUUUAAGGUUAACAGAAUUAGGGUACAAAAGUGGAGUAAUUAGCGAUAAAAGAUGGUCGCAAUUUUCUAAAGAUAGAGAUCUAUUUGAAGAUACCAUAUAUAAAUUAAAAAAUUACCAAAGAAGUUUCACGAAAUGGCGUAGUAUGGAUCCCUCGUUACCAGAUACCCCUAAUUCGAUAUCUGGAUGGGAUUUAUUAAGGUAUCAAACUGUAACCAUUGAGACGUUACUGAAAAAUAUGGAUGCCAUGAUAAACAUGGAUGAUAUUCCGAAUCAUGUUUUAUUAAAAAUCGAAGUGCAAGGAAAAUACGAGCCAUAUAUGCAUAAACAACGUCAAUACAUAAAAGCAUUCCAAGCAGAUGAAGAUAUGCUAUUACCAAAAAAUUUUGAUUAUUCUUUAGUACCAAGUUUAUCGUCAGAGAGUAAAGCACUAUUAAAUUUAAUUCAACCAGAAACGAUCGGUCAAGCAAGAAGAAUUCAGGGUAUUACGGCUGCAUCGCUAUUUGAAUUAUACCGAUUGGUAAGACGUAAUUUGAAAACUCAUCAAAUAUAG